AUUUAAGAUGGCGGCCGGAACAGUGCUAAAUUUUCGGAGUUUUCUAACUGGGAGUAUAACCGCUAGAAAGACUUUCCUCUUAGUUCGGACAGGAAUCAGAUCAAGUGUUCCAUGUGUAGCAAUCGCCAGCCGUCAAUUUUCGGAAACAAACUCUCCGGUCGAGGAGGUUACUGACAGCGAGAAGUCUCCCACUGUUUCCCGAAGUCCUCUCUUCAGUGGGAACAAGGUGACGCCGAAAAGAUUUCAGCUUUCCUUCGACGAGUACCAGAAGCGAAGAAGAAAGCUGCGUACACUUCAAAGGUUGGCUGGGCUGCCGUUUGGUGUGACAGGCCUACUAGCGUCGUCUUGCGCGUGUGCUUAUUUGUUCCCAAACAUGUUUGAUGCAACCCCAGAACAGAUCCAACCAAUACUGUAAGUUGUGUGACCUGUAUCUCUUAAUGUGGGAUGAGCAGAGAAAUAUUUUUUCUGAAUCGUAUUUAUAGCACAAAGAAUUUUCAGGUCGAGCAAAUAAAUGAAACAAAUAAAUCAAAUUAACAUAUAAACAACUCGAAACAAUCUUAAGUGAAGGAAAUUGACCUCGUGACCCCCUACAAGUACAGAUUCCAUAAAGGAAGUUAGUCGGGACUGCCGUGAAACAAACCCGGCUACUGGCUGCGAAACCAAAUGCAAAAAUUCUAACAAUGCUCAAAGAAUGAUUGGGAUUGAUUAAUUUGACACAAAGCUUCUAAUGAGGGCAAAAACAUUUUAUUUGUACUCAUAAUCUGAAGAUCAUGACUCAUUUCCUGCAAGUUGUAAAGGUGCCCUUUUUAGUGAUAUUUUUGUAUCUACCUUUAAUGUUGGUACUUAAUUUUGCAAGUCUUUAAUUUUGUGUUUUUUUUGCAACAAUUGCAAAAUUAAAGACCCAGUACAAAAAUCCUUGCAAAAGUUAAACAGGCCAAUUCAUUAACCCUAUAGAAAAUUCAAAUUACCCUGAGAAAAUCAUUUGCCAAAGGAUGAAAGAAGGUGGGCAUCAGUAAAGUAAUAGAUGGUUCAGAGGAAAUGUCACCUGAAGAUCCAUUUGUAGAUAUUUUGCAAUGAUAGGACGAUGUUUAGAAACUUUUCUGCGAACUAUGUACUGAGAAAAUGCAUAUCUGUGUUAUAAUCAAUAUUAAGAAUCGUGAAAUUUGAUGCCUUUUAUCAAAUUUGCCCAUUGAAAUCGGCCUGGCGCACGCUACUGGUGUACACGGCUAAGAAUCUCACAUCGUUUGGCUCUUAUGAACUUAUUAAAACUCAGAUCGCAUCGAUAUUUGGCAAGAAGUUAAAGUUUAUAAACAGCCUUCCAUUGAAUAUUUUUUUUCUGGCUGUAAGACCAAACUAAAAUUAAAAUAUGAAAAAUAUGGCUCAAACUGGGACCAUUUUUUAACAGCUCGCGCAACAUCUACAGUCUAACCACGCAUGUUGUGGGAUUUUUCUGUUUCUGUUAAUGGUACUUUGGAAAAAUUUCUCCACAGAGGUCAGUGACUUAUGAGUACUAACUGUAUGAAAAAUUACUGAACAUAAUGGCAAAAGUUUAAUGCAUUUUCAGAAAGAUCUUCUGUCAACAUCCGAUCUUUGUGCAGCACGAAACGUCAAUUCAAAAGAUUGCUUUUGAUUGACUUUCUUUUGUUGUUAAGAGGAGAACUAAUAAUUUUUGGAAUGCUCAUAAGUUAAACCUUCCUUGUAGACUAACUGUUAAGACUUCUGGAAACCCCUUUUUUAUGCUAAGAUCAAAUAUCUAAGGUUAGAAAGCAGUUUUUAACGUGAAAAUUCGUAAACCGUGCAUUGGACCGAAAAUUGGAUUCUAGAGUGUGCUUUGGCACAAAGAUUUUGUACCUAAAAAGUGCCUAAGAUGUGCAUUAAGUGUGCAUUUUAGUUUUGAAAAAUGUGCCUAAGUUGUGCCCAAAGUGUGCCUAAUCUGUGCACAAGCUGUGCCAAAACAUUGAGUCAAUCAGAAAAUCGUGUCCAGCCUAUCGAGUUCUACAGCGAAAGAAAAGUGCGCACGGCAAUUAUGUCAGUUUUAAGGUUUAGGAAGUCUAGAAACAUGGUCUGACGACCUUUUUAUCCCCUACGGAAUAAACAUGACUCAGAGACACCAGGGAAAGCCCCGACAAACAGGAAACUGGAAUCUUAAACAGGUUAGCGUAUUUAAAAUAAGUGCUCAGCUCAAUUACAUGUUUGAUAUAAUUUCAUCGAUUCAAGUAUUUCACUGAUGUUAAAAAAUUUCCAAGUGGGUUUCUUCUCCCCUUCUUAACAGAGCGUUUAGUUGGAACGAAAUAUUUGUUUUCUCAGGAGGGCAGAUUUGCAUUCAAAAAAAGAAUUUACUCGUGAUAUGACUUAUAAAAUGAAAAUGAAAAAAUUGAUUGCACACUGAUGAGUUUUGAAGCAAAAUUGGCACAUCUCAUCGAUUAUUAUACGAUCAAAGCUUAAUUUGCUAACAGAGCCAGAGAACAAAAACAAACAAGCGGCUUGAAUUGUUUUACUACUAAGAGUAAAUUGUACAUUUUUUGUUAGAGAAAUAUUUUUAAAAAGCAGCUGCAUUUUGUAUUAAAAAACAACACGCGUUGGCAUGAAGGUUUCAAAUUACCACUUUUCAUGUUGUUAUACAAAUUCAGGCCAAUUCUACCGCGAUCACAAAAAGUAUUCGACUUUUAUUGGCUAUUUUUGUGCCUUACUUCUUUAGCUUUGCUUUUGUUAUCAUAACUUCAACUUUCUUUCACCAUUUCUUUUAGAAAUGACAGAAAGCUCAGUCUAUAAAAUUGCAUGGUAAUCGAAAAGGUUCAGACCGCAUAUAUCGCGUGUGAAUUUCCACUUUAUGUUCGGAGUAAACACGGACUGUCAAAGAAUACUUUAAUUUGCCCAACUUUCGGCGCAGCUCAAAACUUACACUUCCUAUACUUCUAACUGUAUCAUGUUUGAUCUGAAUUAUUUUUUUAAUUUGUACCAAGUUUGUUCUUUUUUGCAAGUCGGGUUACAAAGAUUUUCAAAAAAGUGCCCAACGUCAAAUAUUUGUGCCUAAACCGUGCCAAAACUGUGCCCAAACUGUGCCUAAAAUGUGCCUUAGCAAUAUUUAAAACGUGCCUAAUCUGUGCCGUUGCAUGUUUAUUUCCCGUGCUUUGGCACAAAAACUGUGCCUUUUCUCGAGUGCGAAUCCUGCAUAAGGCACGGUGUUACGCUCGUGUACACCAGUAGCUUGUGCCAAGCCAAUCGUGAAAAUAAAACCCCACAAAAUACUGUCUCUCUAAAAUCGUGAAAUUAAGUGCCCACAAAAUUGAGUACAAUAAGGUAACUAUUGCUGCCCACAGGUGAUUUUCGCUCCUUCUACUGUAAAUUUUCUGGAGAGCCAUGUUUUUAUUAGGAUGAAUAUCCUUAAUUUUUAUUAUUGUUUGGGUUUUCUAGAGGAAUGGAUCCCAUGAUCUUCAGUGGUCUCUGUGGUGUGGCUAGUGCAGGUGUUGGCUUUGUCGCUGGAUCUGCUGUUUUCAAAUCAGUGUGGCGGGUGUGGAACAAAGAAAUAGCACAGAAACUGCAUGAGGUAUGGACAGUGUGUUGAUCCUUGAGCAGGGUGUAAUGACAGUCAGUUUUACAGCCUGCCAUUCGGGCAAGCUGUAGCUAGCAUGUACUAGCCCACAAGGCAUUUCAUCCAGCCCCAAAAUCCUUUUUGAUUAGCAGGAUUGGUUACAAUCCUUCUGUAGUUUGAUUUCCUCAAAAAACAGUUCUUGCCUGUUGGGCAAGUUAAGAACAAAAAUCACUAGCUCGAUAGCAAGAUCCACUAGCCCUGGGCUACUGGACAUGACUUUCUUUGCACGCUGUUAAGUAAUGGUCCAGACGUAAUGAGCAUGUCUGAAUGCCAAAAGGUGCUGACUUUACUAUUGUCUCUACUACACUUCUGACUGAUUUUAGCAUCAAAUUUUAUGAAAUCUUCCCAAAGCAGCAUGGAUGUUCAUCCCUUGCUUUCCAACCAACUUCGUUAUAACAAAAUCUCGUCUGAGUCUAAGUAACACAGAAAUCCUUUGUGAACUUUUCUUGGCUAUUGUUUGCCACUCUUAUGAUAUGUUGAAAUCUUUUAACACAGAAAAACACCUUUCAAAAAUGAAGUUUAAAUACAUCUUAAUUCAUAAUUUUGCCUUUUUUUAGGAUUAUGCAUUCUUUGUGUGAAAAUGAAAACAUUUGUACUGAGAAAAGCAUAUUGCACCAUAACAAAAAAAAUAAAAUUGCUUCCUUUGUUACCAGGAUCAUUACUUUAAUGCCAAGGCUGUGCUCUAACGAAAAUUGAAAGGAUUCCAGUACUCUGAACCUGCAAAAUCUAGGGUGCCUAUAUCGUAUGAUUUGUAUGAAAUAAAUAGUAAGAUUUUCUAGUCACCCAAUUGAUGAUGUGCAUUGCAAAAGGGGAACUGUUUUGAUAAAUUCUUUCAACUAAUACUGUAAGGAAAAUAUGUAAAAAUGGAGAUCACUGUCAAGAAAAGGCCAUUUCUAAGUUGCCCAAGCCUCUGUUUCAAAGUGAAGCUAAGUGUGAAGCCAUUGAUGUGAAAAUGAGUUUUUAUUCUCAUGCAAAUAAAACUCAUUUUCACAAAGAAAAGUUUUCCACUUAGCCUGAGCUCAUUUUGGAAGUAAGAGUUUUUGGAACUCAGCAAUGGUCUAUGUGUACAGUAUGUGGGGAUUGAGUCUUAAAGUAGUCAAUGCAUUUUUUGCGUUUACACUUGCUCUGUUUUGUGUGUUUUAGCGUGAGGCAGAUUUUUUGGAAAGGAUAGCUUCCAGGAGGGCUUCCUCUUAUAGCAAGUUUGAAGAUGAUUAUUAUGGUGAAAAUAUCAAGAGUGUCAGCGACUACAGGCAGUGGCUACGAGAGCAACAAAAAAAGCAAAAUAUAGCAGAGAAGUAUGAUAGCAAAGAGCAACCAAAAACUGUCAGUGCAGAAGCUGCAUAAGCAAGGGUGAAAAAUUAACAGUCUCUUUGGGUGCAUUCCUUUGGGAUGAUCCGGAUCAGGAUCAGUGAUCCGAGAUCACUCGGAUCAUGGUAGAUCAAAUGAACUGAUGAAUCCUUUUCCAGAGUGGAUUCAUCGGUUCAUU